UUUUACUAUUUCUAUUUUUAUAAAGUACAAAUCGGCUUGAAUGACUAUUUUAGGGUUGUUCUGACGCGGCGCCUCGAGACGCACAAUUAUAUUAAUUUUUGUAUUUUUUAUUGGCUUAUUUUUGUAUUUUUGUUUUAGGAAAUUCUGAUUUUUGUAUUUGUGUAUUUUCCAAAUAAAUUCUGAUUUUUGUUUGUUUUCUUUUUAAUAUUAAUUCUGAUUUUGUAUUUCUUUUUUGUAUUUUGUUGUAGAAAAUUCUGAUUUUUGUAUUUUUUAAUUCUGAUUUUUAUUAUACUAUGUUCUAUUCCUUUGUAUUAAUUCUGAUUUCUAAUAAUUCUGAUAUUGUUGUCCUUUAUUUUUUUCCUAAAUAUUUAUUCUAAUUUAUUUAUUUACCUAAUUUAUUUUAUUUUGUUCGCGCCUAGACAUCCCAGUCAUUCUCGCCCAAAAAAUGUUUAUUAAUUCUCUAUAGAUGAGUAAAUACAAAAAUAAAAUAUCGAGAAAAAGUUUGAACAAAAUAAUAAAAGAAAAAAUUUUUUCUUUUCAUGUAAAAGCUCAGAAAAAUAUUUUUUGUUGCGCUCGCCAAGUUCCCUCUCCUCUACCCUCACUUUCGUGUAUUCCAAAAUUCUUUUUUUUUUCAUUCAAUCUACUUUUAAAAUGAUUUCACACAAAUUCACUCACUCUAAUAAUAAUUUCUCAUUUUAUUUUUU